GUGGAGGAAUUGUGCAUAGAAAUGGAUUGCGAUGACGUCAGCGAGUUUGAAGAAGAUGGUCAAACUUGUUACGAGCUGAUAUGCGCGCGCAACAAAUUGGCGUCUGUGACAAACGCACUAACUGAACGAGGCUUUAAUAUCAGGAGCUCCGCACUGGGACUGCGUGCAACCCAACCUGUCGAGAUUACCGAAGAUGACUCCGCGAAGGUCCGGCAGCUGUACGAAAUGUUGCGGGAAAGCGAUAACAUUACGCAGGUUUAUGACAACAUCAGGCCUGACUUUAUCUCACUGAGGCCGGUAAAACUGAAAGUAACAACAACAGCAUGA